AAAGCUGCAAGUUUUCGCAGUUGGCUAAAAACGUCUUUCAGCAGCGCUGAGCCAGAAAAUUCCUCAGAAGGGCUGUCGUGGCAAGUGUUACCCGCACACACACAUACACAUACUCAUCCAGGUCCAGCCAAUACCCCCGUGGAGUGCUCCAAGUGAAUUUUCAUUGACGAUUCGGGGGCGCAAAAAGCUCUGGCGGAAGAGCGAAAGAGAGAGAGCAGAACAGAGAGAGAGAGAGCGCAACUGAGAGACAACAAAAACAACGAAGCACGGUUCAGCUGCACCCACUAGUGACCACCAGCCAUCCUCGACCUGCGGCAGUGAAAGACUUUGCUGGUCACAGUCCUGCACACAUCAUCCUAAUCAUCGCCAGAGCCCAGGCACUCCAAGCUAACAACCAACAGCCAACAGAGCAAUCCAAGCCAAGGUCUCAGUUUUUUAAGGGGUCUUGAGAUGGGCAAGAAAGACAAGAACAAGGAACCGGCGGACGCUGCACCAGCUGGCGAUGCACCACCAAAUGCCGGAGCCCCGGCAGGAGAGGGCGGCGAUGGUGAGAUUGUGGGCGGGCCACACAAUCCGCAGCAGAUUGCGGCACAGAAGCGUCUGCAGCAGACGCAGGCGCAGGUCGAUGAGGUCGUGGACAUUAUGCGCACCAAUGUGGAGAAGGUCCUGGAGCGUGACAGCAAGCUAUCGGAGCUGGAUGAUCGCGCUGAUGCCUUGCAGCAGGGAGCCUCGCAGUUCGAGCAGCAGGCGGGCAAGCUCAAGAGGAAAUUCUGGCUGCAGAACUUGAAGAUGAUGAUCAUUAUGGGCGUGAUUGGCCUGGUUGUCGUGGGCAUCAUUGCAAAUAAACUCGGCCUCAUAGGCGGGGAGCAGCCGCCGCAGUACCAGUAUCCCCCGCAGUACAUGCAGCCACCGCCGCCGCCGCCGCAGCAGCAGCCCGCCGGCCAGUCGUCGCUGGUGGAUGAUGGAGGAGCAGGCGCCGGCGCAGCAGCAGGCGGCGAUCAUGGAGGCGUAUAAGUGACCCAUAUCCUGGCCGCAUUGAUGAACGUUUCUCGAUGAUAAAUAAUGCCACCACCCCUCAUCCCAGUGGCGGCGGCGAAACAACAACAACAAAACCCGAAUCCCCAUAAAAAAAGGAAAUCUCAGUUAAACUAGAAAAUCUCGAGAAUUGCAAGGAACUCAGUAAUAAUUUCCACUUAAACGAUGAGCACGAGUUGGUGUGUGGAGAGGUUUUAAGUACUUACGUCAUAAUAUUAAUACUAAAUCUAAAAGGGAAGACGACGCUCCGGACAAAUUAAAGUUGUUGCUAAUUUGUUUAUGGUUACAUUAUUUCAUGCAUAAAAAAAGCGGUAUAUAUAUAUAAAUAUAACAUAAAAGAAUAUAAAUAUAAAUAUAAAUAUAUGGAACUUGAAUAUUACGAGUAACCCCGAAAACCAAACCGAAACCGAAACCAAACCAAAACAAAUCACAUACUAAUACUAUACGGAACUGGGAUCUCUGCGCUGCACUGGCAACAAGGAGCGCCAGUGGCAGCAGGAGGGCCAGGCGCCAGGUCGCUUUCCAAUGUUCGCAGCUCUUUGAACUCAGUUUCCUUAGCAAAAAACAAGACAAGUAAAGAACGGAACGGCAAAAAACCAAAGAAAUCUAAGCUUUUGUUCCUAAGUAAAGUUACGCAGAUAUGUGCGAGUAUUCGAAAAUGUAUAAUCCAAAAAAGAAAGAAAGAAAUAACAGCAAUUAAACAUAUAGAUAAUUGACAUUGACUAUUAAAUGUAUUCAUGGAACUUUACUGUGCAACAAACUUAUAUAGAAAGAAGGGCAUAUAAAACCAAAGAACUCUUGAGAUCUAGUGAAAAUAUACAAUGCAAUUUAAUUUGCCAUUUCAUUUGUUUAUGUGCAAUCAUUAUAACGGUAUUUACGCGAUUGAAAUUGAAGAUGCAAGAUGAAACCGGACAGUUCAACGAUUAAAUUAAGCGCUAGACACACAAUACGUUACGUUAUCCAAAGGAAGUUGUUUAUUUAACCGAGCAAGGCAGAGGCAGUUACCAAUAUGUAUGUAUAUUUCAAUGUUACGAGUAAUAGAGGAGUCGGAUUCGUAGAGCCUAUAUAAACAUAAAUGUACGUACGUGUAACGAUAUGAUGAUAUUUAGAUCUCACACACUCCACGCCACAGUUCACACACAAACACACUCCACCAAAGCCCAUCCGGACGGACGCAUAGAGAAAUACAUAAAACUUUGCCGCACAUAUUGUACUUAUACCUUGUUCUAAAAAUACAAAAAACUAUACUACAAUUAAAGUGUAUUAUUACUAAUUGAUUCAACAAGCGCCUGCCCAAAGUGCUACUUUGCCUACUAAAAAAAACACAAAACACAUUUUGGGGCACAAACAAAUCGACGAGAAUAAAUAUGUUAAAUUACGAAAAUAAAACAAAAAAAGGAUAUAGACGAUGAGAGGUGGGUUCAAUCGAAAAUCCAAUUCCAAAUGCAGGUAUUUUUAGCAAUAUUCGUAGCGUGUACAAUAUGUCGCUCCCCUUAAAGCUUAUUAGUAAAUCUCGUUCAAUGUCCAUUUCGUACUCACCCAGACGACACUUCACAUGCAUAUAACCAUUAUCAGAUAUAAAAAUCCAAUAUAUGUAUGUAAUAACCAGCAAAAUGACAAGUGUUUAGAAAAGCGUUUCGAUUUUUGUUUCGAUUUUAACCGAAAAGAGAAAAAAAACCAAAAACACAAAAUGUAUACACAACCAAAAACCACAAAGACACCUAUGAGAGUCCCCGAAGAUUGAAAUAAGAGACAGGACUUCUGGAAUUUCGGUUCACGGAGGGAAGACGGGCAGAGGAGUUAAGGGAAAGAUGUAAGAAAACCAGAAGACAAGACAAAACAGACGGAAAUGAGAGUAUAUAUAUAUAUAUAUGAACCGUAUAUAAACAAUAAUAUUACUAAUUAAUUUAAUGAUUAAUUGCA